CCAAUCGCCUUCCGGCGCGUCCGGCCACGCCCCCUGCGUGGAUGACUGCUGAGCGAUGGACGCUGCAGGUGAGCGGUUGCCCCGCGGUGAGCUGUGAGAGGAGCCGGAGACACCCCCCCUCCGGGGGGGAGAGGAGGGGAGGACGGUGCAUGGCGGCAGGAGCGGUUGGAGUUUAAUGAACAACUUGCAGAAUAAACCACCUGAACGGAAGUCUCAGAAGUAGCUGACUUUAAGGAGUGAUGAUGGAGCAUUACCAUACCAUCAAGCCCCUUGAAUGUACGAUGGUGGGGCCAGGGGUGGUGGUAAAGGUAGAGGAGGAAGAAAUCUACAAUCCUCAAAAUAACCAGAUUCCAAUGACCAAUACAGGUGGUAAUCGUAUAAAGUGUGAAGUGGACAUCAAGGCUGAACAAAGUGAAGAGACCUAUACCCGAAGGAAGCGGAAGUCUGAUCGUAGGAAACGCAUCCCUGAAAAUCACAUCGGGCCUGUUAAUCCAAAACCAGAAGUUAUAAUCAAGACUGAAGAUGAUCACGAAGACUUCUACAUGAGGAAUGACAAAUCCUUCAAACGGGACCAAAGUCCCAGAGCAGGUCACAACAUGAAGACUGAAAUGGAGGUGAAGCUUGAAGACGAUGACAAGCGUUAUGUAAUGGUGGGAGAUCCGAAUUUGGAGGAGAGAGACAGCUCGCCUGCCGUGAGUCCAGGUUAUUUUCUUGUACAGAUAAAAGAGGAAGAGGAGGCGGACAUGUCAUUUGGGAUGGAUUAUCAGCAACACGAGGAUUAUCAGCAACACGAGGAUCAGGUGGUUCAUCCUCAGACCAGUUCAGGAUUUGGUGAAGUGGUAAGAGAAAAAGAUGGGAGAAUCCACAGAAUGUCUUCCAAAAUGUUCAUCGACAUUACCCAGCUGAUUCAGUUGGUGCAGGAACGUCCUGAACUCUACAACCCCAAAACACCUUCCUAUGCCGAUCGGUACAAGAAGAAGAAGGCUUGGGAUGAAAUCUGCGCCGUUGUGGUUCCAGACUGGGAGCUGUGUAGUGAAAAAGAGAAAAAUAUCAAAGCUAAAGAAGUUCAGACCCGAUGGAGAUCUCUUAAAGAUUGCUUCAGGAGGGAGCUCACGUUACAGAAGAAACUAGAAAAAAGUGGAAUACCGACAAAUCGGAGGAGGAAGUAUAUCCACUAUGAUGGCCUUCUGUUCCUGGAACCCACCAUGAAGCUCAGAGACACGCUUAACACGGCGCCUGCUGCCCCCAACGUCACCAAGGAUCCGAUUGACAUCCAGCAGCCAAUCGAUGUCGAUCAAGUAGCAGCCAGCCCCACGCUACAGCCGCCGCUACCGCUGCCCCUCCGGCUCCCGCCGGCUCAGACCUUGGUGCGCGCCUCGGCCCUGUCAUCGCCAAAAAAGAACAAGAAAAAAGCGCCAAACAAAAAUGAGAACGAGUGGGAGAGGCAGCUGCUCAGCGUCAUGGGCACGCUUCGGAAAAAGACAGAUGAGAAAAUGGAUUCAGACGAGAUUUUCCUAAAAAGCUUGCUGCCGUUCGUCAGAAAAGUUCCAGAGGACAGAAAGAUCGACAUGCAGCUCAGCUUGAUGCACGUGGUGAAAAAGUUCAUGGAGCCGGUGCAAAAGAAACCACAAACUCCAAAAUGGCAAAACUCCACAUACGUUCCCCAGCACGCACAGUCUUGCGAUAAAAACUCGGCCACGCCCUCCCGUACAAACCUCAACCAUCCCCCGACAUCGCCUCAACCCUUGUGUCCUGCCUAUGAACCCUCCCCCACCACUCGGUCACAAACAUUUAAUUACUCUCAGGAGCAAAAGGCAUUACCUGCCCCCCAGCCAUAUUCAUCCCCAUCAUCCUCCUCCUCUUCCAACCGGUCUCCCCAAAGUCAUCAGGACUCUCCGUACUACUUUGAUUUAUAGUACAGGAACCUCUCUAUCGCAAACAUAUUUUUUUAUAGAUCUAUAUUAUUUUUUUUAUAUUGUUAUUUAUAUUGCCCUGACAUUUGUUAGAGGUUGUUUCACUGGGCAGUUGUAGAGAAAUGAUCGUUUAACACCCAACCCAUUGUUUGCAGCUACCCUCCUGUAUUGCAGUAGGAAGGUAUCAAGUAAAAUGGUGUAGAAUGAA